AUCAUGACUUCGGUCAAAGAGCAGGAAGCCAUCAGGAAGCUGAUGGUUUUCUUGCAGGAAUGGGACAGUGCCCACACAGUUGCUCGAAGCCACAUCCUGGACAACUUCAUUAAAAGCAAUGAAGGGAAGACAGAACCAGAGCUGGAGCUGGAGUUCUCCCAGGGAGGCAGCUUGUUUCUGGCUCGCGUAACAGUGUGGCUCAGGAUGUCCUACAUGUACAGCACAUGCCUCAACAAGGUGUUCAAGUCCAUUGGCAUCUUCCUGUCUGCUGCAAGUGGGCACAGGUACCUUAUUGAGUUUCUGGAGAUUGGAGGUGUCUUGACUCUCCUGGAAAUACUAGGGCUGAACUACCUGAAAGAAGAGGACAAAAGGGAGUCUGUAAAGUUGCUGCAGCUCAUCGCAGAUGCUGGCAAGAAGUAUAAGGAGCAGAUCUGUGAAAGCUAUGGAGUGCAGUCCCUCGCCCAGUUCUUGGCCACUUGCCACUCAGUAAAGGCUCAAGAAGAGGUGCAGGUUCUGCUGGACUCUUUGGGCCAUGGCAAUCCCAAGUACCAGAACCAAGUCUGCAGCGGGCUUGUGGCUGUGCUCGCAUGUCCCUCCCCCCGAGCCCAGCAGCUGGCUCUGCAGACACUCAGAGCCAUGCAGGAUGUGCUGGGAGAGGCUCCCUCUGUCCUUGUGGAGCCCGUGCUGGGAGUGCUGUGCUCGAUGCACCGGGAGGUCCAGCACGAAGCCAUCCAGCUGCUGAAGGUCCUCAUGGCCCGCGAGGUCCGGCCGGCCCUGCUGAAGAGCCUGGUUGCGUUACUGACGCCAUCCAGGAAGAAAGAGUUUGCCUUCUGCGAGGAGCCCGGCCGAGACCCAGCUGCACUUUGCCUGAGGGAGAGCACUCUGGUUCAUUUUCAGCAGGCAGCUGCUGCAAAAGCCAUUGGUGUCUUGGCCAAGGAGUCAGCAGAAGUGGCUGAAGAGCUGAUCCAGCUGAAAGUGGUACACGGCCUGAUGGUUGCUGUGGGAAACCUGGAUCAUGUAGCCAGCCAGAGACAUGCCAGCAUCUCCCUGCAGUAUUUUGUCCGCACGUUUCCCUCUGUGGAGGAGUGUGUAAAGAAGGCACUAGGACACACAGUGUUCCAGCACUUUAUGGACAGUCCUGAAACCUGGUACACAAAAAUGGAUCCAGUCCAAGCUGAAGAAAUGGCCUCCAGUAUGGCUGACAUCUCCAGAGACAUGGCAAGGAUCCAGUCCACAGAAGGUGUGUACAGCACUAGGGGUACAGUCAGUUAA